AUGAGAACUGCUAAGCCAGCGUGCUGUGGUAUAGCUGGUGUGGGCUCGAAGAAGCCCCUGGGCUGUGGUUACGCAGCUAACGGGACGGUCUGGAUUUGUCUAGACCAAAGGGGACCUUUCGAAGGGACGGCCAGGGAAAAGAGACGAUGGAGAGAGUUGCUGGAUGAAGCUGAAGACCAUGAAUUGAUGGCUGAUAAUGACGACGAGGAUUCAACAACUUUGCUGGUGCCGCCGGCCGCUAAGGAAGCACUAGCAUUAGUACCUUCGGCCCUGAUGGUGCCGACACCAGCGGGCGCUGCGCCGCAUAUUAGUGGGGCCGUGGCCCGCCCUCCUGCCGCUCUUGAAGAAUCAGGUAUGUUCGAACUCGAAGCCAAAGUGGCGAUGGGCACUGCCGACACUUUAUGA